AUGGUAGAGCCAAUAUUAGAACAAGCCUAUGGCUAUUGUUUUAUCUUAGUACUUGGAGCUGCUUUUGCAGCACUAAUGAUAUUUAUAACCAAAAUACUCUCAAAGUUUGUUGGUGAACAGCAAAGUUCUGAACAUUUCACUACCGCCUCCAGGUCAAUCAAAACUGGCCUUAUUGCCUCCGCUGUUGUAAGUAGCUGGACGUGGCCAGGAACACUUUUAACCAGCAGUGGCAUGACCUACUCAUACGGUAUCUGUGGAGGAGCAUGGUAUGCUUUCGCAUUUACAAUCCAGAUUACCUUUUUUUCUGUUAUUGCACUUGAAAUUAAGAAGAAGGCGCCUGGUGCACAUACUAUUUUGGAGAUUGUUAGAGCAAGAUUUGGAAAAGCUGCCCAUUGUGUAUGCUUAUUCUAUGCUCUAGGCACGAAUGUAAUUAUUUCAGCAAUGCUUCUCUUAGGUGGCUGUCAAGCUAUCAACGUUAUUACAGGGAUGCAUAUUGUUGCUGCUGCAAUGUUGUUGCCAUUGGGCGUUUGGGCGUAUACUGUGACCGGUGGAUUGAAAUCCACAUUUCUUUCCGAUUGGAUACAUUCAGUUAUAAUUUAUAUUAUUAUCUUGAUUGCAAUGUUCGUUACUUACACUAGCUCUUCUAAAAUUGGGUCAAUUGAUAAAAUGUAUGAAUUGGUCUCUGAAACGGCGGUUGGAAAUCCUUCAGCUGGUUACGAAGGUAGCUAUUUAACUUGGUCAAAUAGGCCCGCAUUAUUUAAUGGUUGGAACAUUGUUGUCGGGGGAUUUUCUACCGUUUUCUGUGAUCCCUCAUACUCUCAAAAAGCUAUAGCUGCAAAGCCUAAAAGCAGUAUGUUUGGAUACUUAAUGGGGGGGCUUUGUUGGCUCAUAAUUCCGUUGGCAUUAUCAAGUUGUACUGCAUUAUCUCUGUUAGCUCUUAUUCUGGAUCCUAGCUCGCCAACAUAUCCAAAUCCUAUCGAUUCUUUGAAUGUAAAUGAGGGUAUUCCAAUGUUAUAUGGAUUAUAUUUUAUUCUUGGAAAGUCUGGCUGUGCCGCAGGAAUAUUGAUGGUUUGGUUGGCAGCCACUAGUGCUACUUCUGCCGAGUUGAUAGGUUUUUCUUCGGUUAUAACUUACGACGUAUAUAAGUCUUACAUUAAACCCCAAGCGCAUGGUAAAGAUUUGGUCAAGAUGUCACAUAUUGUUGUCUCAAUAUUUGCAGUUUUGAUGGGAGCAUUGACAGUACUUUUUAAUUAUAUAGGAAUCACUAUCAGCUGGAUUAUUACAUUUAUCGGAAUCGCAUUAGGACCAGGAGUGUUUGCUUUCAUAUUAACAUUGUUUUGGAAAAAGGUGACACCCUUAAGUAUCACCUUUGGACCUCCGUUGGCAACUUUAAUUGCUAUCAUAGGAUGGUGUGUUUCUGCAAAAUCAUUAUAUGGCUCUGUAAACAAAGACACUUUAGGAGAACAAUAUUCAUGUGCUGUUGGAAACUUUAUUGGCUUGUUUGCUUCCCCAAUAUUCAUUAUAUUGAUCACUUUUAUGAGGCCAAUGGAAAAUGAUUAUGAUUUCAAUCAAUUGAGCUCUCAGUUUGUUAUUGGAGAUGAUGCAACUCCUCAAGAAAGAGAAGCUGUGUAUGAUGAAGGGACACAAAGUUUAAAACAAUUAAAGGGUUACUCAAAGUUGUCAAUAAUAAUAUCUUUUGUGUUUUUUUUUCUCUUUGUUUUUAUUAUUCCUUUGCCAAUGUAUGGUCAAAACUACAUAUACAGCAAAAAAUUCUUCAGAGGCUGGAUUAUCUUAAUUUUCGUGUGGUUAAUCUUAGCAGCUAGCUUCAUAAUUUUCUAUCCUAUAUACGAGAGUCGAGAAGUUUUAGCACAGCUUUGGAAAGUUAUGCGUGGUGAUCUGAUUAAACAAGUAUCAAAUGGUCUGGACUUUGAGUCUACUGAAAUUAGUGAUAUGCCUACAGAACCGAAAAAGUCGGUUGCCGAAGUUCGCGUUAGACUUUCUGAUAAAAGCACGUGA